AUGGCGAGCUUAAAGCCCAAGUUGAAAAUUCUGAAAAAGCGUCGCUCCAGCCUUUUUGCGAGCAUAAAACGAGACAUAAGCCUUUCCCAGAGCAUCGAAGAGGAAGAGUGUGAAUUUCCUUUUUCACAGGACAGCUCAAUUAAACCAUGGACUUCAAUGGACAACCUUGACACCCCUGCUGAGAAGAAAAAUCAGCUCAAAGACGCGCCAAACCCGAGGAGAUCAAACAUUGUCAACCUGAAUGUGGGUGGAAAGGUAUUUCACAUCCCCAGGCAUCUCGCACUCAGAUACCCAAAAACCAGAAUUGGAGUCCUUGCCAUGUGCGAUGAUCCCGUUAAGCGUCAGACGCUCUGUGACGACUAUAAUGUUCAGAACAACGAGUUCUUCUUUGACAGGGACCCCAUGUUUUUCCACUACAUAUUUCACUUCUACUGCAGCAGUGUCCUUUGGGUGAUGGACAGCCUCUGUUCUAUCAGCUUUGAGGAAGAGAUGUCAUUCUGGGGGCUCAGACUGAAGGACACUCCAAGGUGCUGUCGCAUUUUGUUUGAAGAAAAAGUGGAUGACAUUCGAGAACAGCUGAAGGUUAACCAGGAGCUGCUUGAUGAGAUUAAACCUCACCAGGAUGACGAAGGCUACAAAACCAUGUUUCUCGGGGACUUUCGAAGGGCCCUUUGGAACUUGAUGGAGAACCCUUACUCAUCUCUGGCAGCCAAAUCGUUCGCUGUAUUCUCUAGUCUUUUUGUUCUUAUCUCCAUAGUUGCCAUGACAAUGAAUACGGUCAGUGAACUCCGGCAGUACAACGCUUCAGGCAAAACCUAUAUGGAGUGGGUGGAGGUCGCUUCAAUCUUGUUCUUCACGCUAGAAUACUUUUUGCGGCUUGCCACCACGUCUAACAUCAAACAUUUUGUGAAAAGUGCUCUGAACUUUGUUGAUGUGGUGGCUGUUAUGCCAUACUUCAUCCAGAUCAUCUUUGAAACGUUUGUUAUAGAUAGUGAAGAUGCCAAUGCACAGGAAGACCUGAAGGCCAUGUCCAGGGUCAGUAAAGUCAGCAAAGUGCUCAAAGUCAUCAAGCUGAUGCGGAUCUUCCGUAUCCUAAAACUCGCCCGUCACUCCACAGGCAUGAGGGCAUUUGGAUUCACCAUUCGCCAGUGUUCUGAACAGGUGUGCUGUCUGUUUCUGUUCAUCGCCAUGGGCAUCUUCACCUUCUCUGCCUUGAUGCAUUCUGUGGAGGUGGACCAGCCUGGGACACCAUUCAGCAGCAUACCAGAUGCCUGGUGGUGGGCUGCGGUGAGCAUCUCUACGGUUGGUUACGGAGACGUCGUCCCUAUCUCCUACCUCGGCCGCUGUGUGGCAUUUAGCUGCAUCUCUUUUGGUAUCAUCCUCAAUGGGAUGCCCAUCUCCAUUCUGUUCAACAAGUUCUCUGACUACUACGCUAAACUGAAGGAGCAGGAGUACACAUUUUCAAACACUGAGCGCACCUUCCAGCUUCAGAAGCGUCUGAGGCGCAAAUUUGACCGCUGCUUUGAACCUCCGCCAGAAGAACCUGAUGAUGAGAUUUACUUUCGACCCAGUGGAAGACAUUCUGACUCUGACUAUGACCUUGAACAAUGA